AUGCAAAUCGUGUCGCAGUUACCCGCUAAAGCACUCGCGCAAGCCACUGACGUGACUGCUCAGGGCCCAUCCUCGCCGGCUCCCGGAUCCGUCCACGUGGCCCCUCCACGUGGGCGCGCGUCGUUGGAGGUUCACAAGUGUCAGGCGAUUGAUUGGCGGCCGUCGGCGGUAACGGCGCUAGCGGCUAGUUGCGACAGUGCGGUAGUGGCUGCGGCGCGGGAGAACGGGGAUAUCGAGAUCUGGCGAGUCGCAGCUGGCGCCGUCGGAUGGGCUUGCGAACUGCGCAUCCCCGGCCGUCGCGACGCCGCCAUUUCGUCGCUCGUGUGGUGCUCCCCGCCGUCGUACCUGCCGUCGCCUGCGGCCGGCACGCUGCCGGCGGGGCUGGCGGCGCGCGGGCGGCUGUUCUCCGCGAGUCUGGACGGCACGAUCACGGAGUGGAACCUCGCCACUCUCGCGCCGCAGGCGAAGGGGAAGGAGAAAAAAGCGGCGGACGAGGAGGAGGAGGAUGAGGAUGAGGAUGAGGGCGGAGAGGGCGCGGGGGGCAGUGCGGGGGAGGGGGAAGAGUACGUGGCGGUGGGGUGUGACGACGGCGCGCUGCGCCUGUUCGUUCCGUCCGACCGGGGCGCGGGCAUGGAGUACCGCAAGUCGUUCCCGCGCGGACAGGCCAAGAUCCUGUGCGUGGCGUGGGCGUGCUCCGGGACUCGCCGUGUCUUCACUGGCGGCUCAGACAGCAUGGUGCGGUGCUGGGACGUGGCGGCGGGCAGGGAGCUUUACCGCAUUCCCGUGGCCACGGGCAUGGACAGCAUUCGCAACCUCUGCGUCUGGUCGCUGCUCGCUCUCAGUGACGGCACCCUGGUAACAGGGGAUUCGUCCGGGCACGUGCGCAUGUGGGACGGCGCGCUGGGCACGUACCUAUCUGACGGCACCCUGGUAACAGGGGAUUCGUCCGGGCACGUGCGCAUGUGGGACGGCGCGCUGGGCACGUACCUGUCGUCCGUGCGCGCGCACAAGGCGGACGUGCUCGCGCUCGCCGCCAUGCCCAACGACUCCUGCCACGUCUUCUCCGCCGGCGCGGACGGCAUGGUGGCGCAAUACCGCUUUGUGGCCAACUCCGCGGCGGGGCUGGAGGCGCGCAGUAAGAGAGGCGCGGGGGGGAGCGCUGGGGGGAGCGGGAGCGCGGGGAAAGCUGUCCGCGCGCAGGGGGGGGCGAGCGCGGACGGCAAGUGGAUGCUGCUGGGGGCGCACCGGUCGCACACAGCUGAUGUCAGGGCGCUAGCGGUGGCGCUGGUGCCGGAGGAGGGGGAGGAGGAAGGGGAGGGGGAAGGGGAGGAGGGGGAGGGGGGUGGUGCGGUGGGAAGGGGAGAGGGCGAGGAGGAAGAGCACGUGGUUCACUGGCGGGAGGUGCUUGCAUCCAAGCUCAAGCCAGAGAUGACAGCAGAGCAGUGCCAGCAGCUAGAAACCAAGGGCAAGGCAGCAUGGCGGCGGCGCAAGGAGCAGCGGCGGCAGCGCAAGGAGUGGACCAUCCCCGCACACGGUCUGCCCCACGCCGCAGGCGCCUCCGAUGCAGAUGGCGCGGUGCGGGCUAGGAGGGAGGCUGCUGCUGGUGCAGCAGGCGAUGAGUCUGGAUGUGUGCUGUUCGGGUCCAAGAGGCAAGCGAAGAAACACCGAGCCAUGACCAAAGAAUCGCAGCAGCAGCAGCAGCAGCAGCAGAGGCAGGUGCAAGGGGUCCAAGGCGGGGAGCAAGGGGCGCAAGGAGAGCAAGGGGGGCUAAAUGAAGAGCAGCGGCGCACCAAGCGCAAGCUGCACGCGCUUGAGCUGCAAUCCAAGACCAAGAAGGCCGCUCAGGAGGCCGAGGGGAGACGCAUGCUUGCUGAAAUUCGGCGGCAGGAGGCGGCAGUGUAUGGCGCCAUGGGCAGAACGGGGUUCCAGGCGCAAGGGCAGCUGCUGGGAAGCGUGUCGAUUCCCGCUCCGAGUGCUUCCGCUUUUGCUGUCGCUCCCCUUCCGCCUCCCCCUCCGCCUCCGCGCGCGCGCGCCCCCCCGCGGCUGGUGGCUCAGCUGCGGACGAGCGGGCCCGGGCACGUCGUUUGCAGCGCCAUCUCCCCGGACGGCCGCCAGCUGGCGCUCUCUGAUUUGUCGAAGCUUCGCGUGUACAACCUGCUGUGUGACGUGGCGGGUGGAACAGGAGGAGGAGGAGGAAGAGGAGGAAAGGGAGCAGGAGCAGUUGGAGUUGCUGGUGGUGGUGGUGGCGGAGCAGCAGCAGCAGCAGCAGCAGCAGUGGUGGGGGCGGCGGUGUGGAGGAUAGAGAGGGCAAAGGGACCAUCGCUGGGCCCGGCUGUGUGUGUGGCGUUUGCUGCUGAUGGCAGGUCGCUGCUGGCUGCUGCUCCCACGGGAGAGAUCGUGGUUGUGGCAACAGGCAUGACAGCAACAGCAGCAGCAACAGCAGCAGCAACAGCAGCUAUGGCAGCAGGCGCAAUGGGAUCACCCUCGCCUCGUGCAGCAGGUGCAGGUGCAGGCAGCAAGCGAAGCAAGUCAUCGGCGCAGAAAAGACCCCCGCCCUCUCCAUCGCCCUCCCCAUCACGAGUGGUCGCAUCAGCAUCCGCAUCACCCUCCCCUCAAGCAACGACACCAUCAGCAGCAGCAGCAGCAGCAGGGGCAGGGACCAGAAACACCCCUGCCACGUUCACCAUCCCUGCGUCCCCCGUUUCCCCGAAACCCGGCGUUUUCUCUCCUGCCAACGCUGCGGCUGCAGCGGCAGCGGCAGCAUCGGCAGGGCUGCUGCGGGUGGUGCAUCGCUUCCCGCCGUUUGGCGAGCAGAGGGACGGGUGCCUGCCGCCGUCUGUGCGCGUGCUUGCUACCAGCCCCUGCGGCCGCUGGGCCGCUGCUGCUGAUGCGUCCGGCAACGCUGCCGUGUUUGAUGUCAAGAGGAUGAGGAAGGAGUGGGACGUGCCGCCUCUCUCCCACCCGGCGCUUACGCUGCAGCUGCUGCCGGAUGGCAUUCGAGGCAUCUCUAUGUCUGCUGACCUGCGCUUGCCCAUUGUCAUUCUCCACAGCUCCAGAACCCUCUGUGUCGUGGACCUAUCCGCCUGGAACCUCUGUGUCGUGGACCUAUCCGCCUGGUACUCCCCCGAGCCGUGCCCUUUCCCAGCCCUGCGCCGCUCUCCUCCUGCGCCGCGCUUUGUGGAGCUAGAGCACCGCCUGCUCUUCCUCUCCCACGUGGGGCCCUCGCAUCUGCUGGCUGUUGAGAGGCAGUGGCGCCACGUGCUCGCCACGCUGCCGCCGCCCCUGCACAGACACAAGUUCGGGCAUGGUUGA